UGAAUCUGGUCGCGUCGAUGAAUUCUGGAACAGCAUUCUUGCAUCUACGGCACGAUUAUUCACUGCCACCAGACCAAGAAUGUCUUGAGCAACUCGCGGUUCAUGCACAUCAGCCUAGCUACCACAAUUCUGGAAACGUCGAUCCCCUCCGACGUGACGACGGCUUGGGACAUUCGAGUGCGAGCAUGUUCUCGCUAUCCAACAACUUCAUCUCAGAUCGUUCGGCAACAAACACUGACCACGAAAGGUAUCACCCAAGUGCGACAAGCUUUGCUGCCGCUGCCGGGGACAGUUCUGGUUCGAUCUCAACCAGUCCCAGCUCUGCCACGUCUUCAUUGGCCUACGCUGCAAACUAUCCAAGCCAUUACACAACGUAUGCCGCGUCCGUCGCACCUGUCCAACACUUUGCCAAUCAAUCGGGGCUCAGCGGUCGCAUCCUGGAUGACCCGGCCCAAGGACUUGUCGCCUGGCGAUCUCCAGCAGCUAUAGGCCAUUCAUUGUCCCCUUCUUCGACAGCCACUCGUGACUACAUCCACACAGGUAACCUUCCUACUCCUAGCCAUCUGUCAUCUCCUCCGACAUCCACCUACACGGGUUACUCAGAGACACCACGCUCGCUGGCGACUGGUAUCGCAACCCCUCUUUCUCCUUCCUCGAACCCAUUACUGUCUGCUCAAAUGGCUUCCUUGACUACUGGAUAUGGAACACACCGCAGUGAAUGCCAAAACUUCCCCUGGGUGCAGCAUGAAAGCUUCCACAAUCUAGAAUGCGAAGGUCAAGAGGUCGUUCCCAGAAUCCACGCCAAGAUGGAGAAGGGCUUUUUCCUUUCUCCUGACCGAUCUUGGACAUGCUACCGACGCAACUACUUCUCGGUGACUUGUUCCUUCGAGCUGACACCGCAUAUCGGUAAUGGAAGACUCUGUUUGAAUGGCCAAAGAGUCCAGGCUAUGGGUAUGAAGCUCACUGCAGCUGUUGAUGGACAGACCGGCAAAGGAGUCGAACUCAUCCAGCACACGCCUAAGCGGGAUAGAGGACCAAAGAGCGCCAUUCCCAUCAUCAAGAUUUCCCCAACUCCGCCAAACGGGCGACCUGCCGAGUCGACCCUCAGCCCACGUGGAGUGUACCACGUACCAAUGUCUUCGUUCCAUGCCACUGGUGUUCCUACAGGUCCUCACCUUCCUUUCCAGAACACUCGUGAUGAAUCUCCAGCAUCAAGCCGCUCAACAUCACCGGCAGGCCGAAGACACGAAUAUCCCUUUGGCCAUUUGGCUAGCAAUCAGUUACCCAUGCCAGGCCAGAACAUCCAACAUACGUUUGAGCGCGUGCAGUUCAAGUCAGCAACAGCAAACAAUGGCAAGCGAAGAGCAUCUCAACAGUACUUCCACCUGAUGGUCGAGCUCUGGGUCGAUGUUCGCGAAGACGAGACCAGAAAGCCAAAGUGGGUCAAGAUUGCAUGCGCAAUCAGUGACAAGGUCGUGGUCCGCGGUAGAAGUCCCAGUCACUACAAGGCCGAAAACCAAGGUGGAGGUUCUUCAUCGACGGGCCGUGGCGGAAGCACUGGCGGCUAUGGAAACUCCGGUGGAAGCUAUGGCGGUAUGAGCCGUGGUAGUUUCGGUGGAGCUGGCUAUGCCACUGGACCAGGCAAUACUGGAGGGUUCCGCGCCAGUCAACAGUACCAGUCAGCAGCUUCGCCGGAGCAAGGGUACUCUUCCAGCGCUGGAUCGAGCGUGGCCGAGCCAGUCGACAUGAAACACCCCCUCGAAGCCGAGCCCACACACAACGAGGACAUCGCAAUGCAGGACUUUGCAGGCUAUCAGUACAUUGCAACGACUCUUUACGAUGGCACAUCGGUGCAGAACAAAGCAGAAAGCCCAAGCUCAAUAUCUGUAGGUGGCCAUGGUGACAGGAAGUUCUCGAUCCGAGAAGAAUUUCCCGAAGCAAUGCCAGGAACACAGUGGAGCAUGGGCAAUUGCAAUCGCUUCCAGGGAGUCGAAAGCAGCAGAGGGUACUAUCCAACAUUCAGCACGACUGGAUUCUGAGGUAAUAUGUACGAUGCGGUGUCAAAAGGGUUCAUAGUAUGGGUUGACGUUUUCUCUCUUCUGUUCAUGACGGCUUCCUGCCUUGAUGGACGAGUUUCCCUUCUCAUAUGGUCACAAUCAUUUUUCAAGGUCAUGGAAUUAAUGGGACAACGGGCAGAUGUGGGAAAAAGGACAAGGUGAUUGGCGUUUCGAGAGAACAGGCAGAAGGAACGAGCCAUGGAUAACGAUACCCCCUUAGCGGAGUUUGGGCAGCAUUCAGGGCGAAAGAAAACAAAGGCUCACCGGACAUGAUGAUGAGGACUAUGAUGGAGGCAGCGUUGAUGUAGUUUAUGUUUCAAAAAUGCGUAAGGCACGAGUUGUCU